GGACUAGAGAACUUGGGCAGUAUCAGGAAAUGGUAUAGACUCAUAAGGUGUUGUGUGCUGUGCUGACGAACUGGAGAUGGUGUCUAGAAAUGUACUGAUGAGAAGGCAGGGUCCUAAGAGUGAUGAUACAGGUGCCACCACUGACAUCUCUGGGCAGAACACACCCCUCUCACCUCUCGCCCGACUGUACAUUUACGCCCUGCAUGGGUGCCUCUGUGAGGUGGCGUUCACAGCAGCCUGGGAUUGGUACUACACCCGUGACCACAGACUCGCGGGCCACACAAGCCUUUGGGCGCUGCUUAUUUACAGCUCUGCCAUCUUCUUCAUGGAGGGUCUAAGUGUGAGGCUGCAGCAGAAACACUGCCUCCUACCAGUCAGGCUGACUGUCUACACUCUCUUCAUCUAUCUGUGGGAGUUUAGCUGGGGGUUUCUGCUCAGGCUGUUCGGGGCCUGUCCUUGGGACUAUUCAGAGUUCAGGUAUAACUUCAUAGGUCUGGUGACGCUUGAAUAUGCCGUUCCUUGGGCAUUGGCGGCACUUAUCGCUGAAAAACACGUUAUCAGGAACACUUUGAAGAUACGGCUAGAUAAGUAGUCAAUAUAAACAGAAAACAAUAAACUGCUUAACAGAACAUGUUAAAAAAUCUUUGACUUUGUAUUGGGAUAGAGUGUUAAGUAAGCCUGAUAAAUGCUACGAUGCUAACAGAGUCCAACAGUCAGGUUUCAGAAAAAAAAAAAAAAAUUCCUUUUCUCCAUAGAAAAUUUGAUUUUUAAUGAUAAUGUAUUUACUUGUAAAGACAGACUAACUGUGAUGUACAAGGUUGUUAAUCAGUUAAAUAAUCUUUUGUUGAAGCCAGCAAUCUUCAUUAUUCCUUUGAUGUUUAUUUUUUUUUUUUUUAUAUUCCUGUUUAAGGGGCUGUUCACACAGAAUACGUAUUUGCCUUUAAAAACAUGAGACACAGCACUCAGUAAUGUAAAAAAAAAAAAAACAUAGCACAUAA